AUCCUGGGAAUCGCGGCGAUCACAUGGGCCUGGCUCCCCAGCCCCGUUCAUUAGUCAGCCAUUUUGGUCGCCACCCUGCUCCCUGCGCACAGCCAAUCCCGGCGCGCUCGCUGCCCGGGCUGCGCCGGCCGACGGAGCCGCGCUCGCAUCUCGGCGCUCCGGGACGCCGCUCCGCCUUUGUGCUUUCGCUGCGAUCACCACCUGAAGACGUUCCUUUUGAUUCUGCGGCCUCUUUUGCUUUUUUUUUUUCUUUUAAAAAUAAUUUUUUACUCGUUUUUCGCUGCUGCCUGUGGUGCGGAAGGCAGGUUUUCAGUGGAUGCUGAGGAUCAGCAGCCUCUGGCACAGCUGGAGACGGCGGCAGUCGGUGCAAAGGAGGGAGGCAGAGCUCAGCGGCAAGGAGCAGCGUUUUUACCUUGCUUGAUCUAUGAAAAGGCCAGAGCAGCCUCUGUGAUCCUGAGCAAUCUGUGCUUUAAUCGCAAGGUAUUUCUGCUUUUCUUCCUCAGAAAGCGUUUGGUUUUAGUCCUUAUUUUGCCCCCGUUGUUGUUGUACCAGCUGAGUCAUCAUGUCUGCUCUGACGCCUCAAAGCGACAUGCCAACCCCCACCACAGACAAGAUCACUCAGGCUGCCAUGGAGACCAUCUAUCUUUGCAAAUUCCGCGUGUCCAUGGACGGAGAGUGGCUGUGCUUGCGCGAGCUGGAUGACAUCUCGCUGACUCCCGACCCCGAGCCGACCCACGAAGACCCCAAUUACCUGAUGGCUAACGAGCGCAUGAACCUGAUGAACAUGGCCAAGCUGAGCAUCAAGGGGCUGAUCGAGUCUGCCCUGAACCUGGGCCGCACGCUGGACUCAGACUACGCCCCUCUGCAGCAGUUCUUCGUGGUCAUGGAGCACUGCCUCAAGCACGGCCUCAAAGCCAAAAAGACUUUUCUUGGGCAAAAUAAGUCAUUUUGGGGACCUCUGGAGUUAGUAGAAAAACUUGUUCCUGAGGCUGCAGAGAUUACAGCAAGUGUUAAGGAUCUCCCAGGGUUGAAGACACCUGUGGGCAGAGGAAGGGCUUGGCUUCGCCUGGCUCUGAUGCAGAAGAAACUGUCAGAGUACAUGAAAGCCCUGAUUAACAGAAAGGAUCUUCUCAGUGAAUUUUAUGAGCCCAACGCACUGAUGAUGGAGGAGGAAGGUGCCAUCAUUGCUGGCCUCCUCGUGGGCCUGAAUGUCAUUGAUGCCAACUUCUGCAUGAAGGGAGAGGACCUGGACUCCCAGGUGGGAGUUAUCGAUUUCUCCAUGUAUUUGAAAGAUGGGAACAGCACGAAGGGCAGCGAAGGAGAUGGUCAGAUAACUGCUAUUUUGGACCAGAAGAACUAUGUAGAAGAACUCAAUAGACAUCUAAGUGCUACAGUAAACAACCUGCAGGCCAAGGUGGAUGCCUUGGAGAAAUCCAACACAAAGCUGACUGAGGAGCUCGCAGUUGCCAACAACAGGAUCAUUACACUGCAGGAAGAGAUGGAGCGGGUUAAGGAGGAGAGCUCCUACAUCCUGGAGUCCAGUCGGAAGGCCACCAAGGACAGAACUGCUGACGGGCAGGCACUGACUGAGGCACGCAAGCAGCUCAAGGAGGAGACUCAGCUGCGCCUGGACGUGGAGAAGGAGCUGGAGGCGCAGAUCGGGAUGCGGCAGGAGAUGGAGCUGGCCAUGAAGAUGCUGGAGAAGGAUGUCUGUGAGAAGCAGGACGCGCUGGUGGCACUCAGACAGCAGCUGGACGAUCUCAGGGCCCUCAAGCAUGAGCUGUCUUUCAAGCUGCAGAGUUCAGACAUGGGAGUGAAACAGAAGAGUGAAUUAAACAGCCGCUUGGAAGAAAAAACAAAUCAGAUGGCUGCCACCAUCAAACAGCUGGAACAAAGAUUGCGACAGGCAGAGAAGGAGCGGCAGCUGGCCCAGCAGGACAACCGGCUCUUCAAGCAGGAGUUUGGGGACAAAAUCAACAGCCUCCAGCUGCAAGUGGAAGAGCUCUCCAGGCAGCGGAGCCACCUAGAGCUGGAGCUAAGGCGGGAAAGAGACAGAUGGUCUCACAGUCACCAGCGCAGCCAAGAAAGCAAAAAAGGCCCCAAGAAUUGGCUCAGACAGGAUGGGAAGCUCAGAACGCAGGAAGAGAACGCUAAAGUGAAGGAGCCGCUGAGAGAGAACAGUGUCCUGCCACACAGGUCACCCAGCAGCACACAGGAAGAGCAGGAGCAGCUGCCGGGGCCCGGGCACGCCGAGCUGUGCCAGCUCUGCCAGGGGGAGGCCAGCAGGAGCCAGAGAAAGAACAUCUGCAAGAACUGUGGGGGCACCUUCUGUGAAGCCUGCUCGGCACACGAGCUGCCCCUCCCGUCCAGCAUCAACCCCGAGCGCGUCUGCAACCCCUGCCACCAGCGGCUCAUCCAGCAGUAUUCCAGCAGCCCCUUGUAGGGGAGGGGUGGCACAGGGGUGACAACAGCAGCUGGAGCUGAAGGUGUUUCUGGAGCUGUUCAGGGGGAAUGCAAAGACACUUGUCCGUGUGCUCUGGAGGUCAGAUGGGAAGCAGCUUCUUGGUGUUUAGAAUCUCCUCUUACUAAAACAGCAGCCUGAGCCCUUCCCUGUACCCAGAUCAGCCUGUGCUGUGGAGAACUGCAUGGGAAUGUCACAUGGAGCAGCCCCAAGGUGUGCCUGAGCAGUCUCGGCACUCUGGGAGCCCCUGCCCAAACCGGAGCUGUUGCUGCAUGUGGAAGUCAGGAGCGUUCUCACCCUCACGGGUGUGGUGUGGGUGUGUGUGCUGCUGAGCAAAGGCUCCCCACGACCCAACAGGAGUGUUGGUGUUCCUCACAUGUGGCUGCACUUGAAAUCCCAUCUCCCCUUCUCCGUUUGCCCUGGACAGGCUGGCUCAUCCUGGGAGCCCCGAGGUGAUGGUGUGAGCUCAUCCUCGCUGCAUUUCCUUGGCUCAGGGCUCUCACAGGGGCUCAGCCUGCACAGGGACACCCCAAACCAAGCUGUGAAUGUUCUGUUCCCCCUCUGUGCUUCGGGGGCUGGGCCCAAUCCCCAUCAGAGGGAUCCACUGCUCCACCUUGUGCACAUGGAAACGUUGUUACAGUGAACCUGGCAUUUCACUUUUUGUUGGAUCAAAGCUAAAUGGGAACACUUCUCACCUGUUAUAAAUUUUAAUUGCACAUUCAGUUCAGAGAGGUUUCAUGGUUCAUGCCACAUCAUUCUUUGUUACUGUCCCCUCAAGGAAUUUUGUUAGUCCAGAAAGGGGUGGUGGCUUACUCUGUCACAGGAAUGUUUACUCCUUUUCUCCCGGCACCUCCUGCAGUCUCUGAGACCACAGAAUGUCCUGUAGUUAAUAGAAAAGGGAUGCACUGGUGUGACAAGUGCACUGGUUUGUACUGAUGUUGUCAGGGGAUAGUGGUCAAUUCCUUGGAGGGGAUUUUCUAGUUAUUAGAUUGGCUGGAACCACAUGAAACAGCCUCUUGGAGCUGAGCUACAGCCAUGGUUGGUACUGCUUUGUACCAGCAAUCAUCUCUCCUAGAUCCUUUUGGGACUCAGCAUGUUCAGCCACCCAACUUGUACGCUUCCCUGCUCUUUUAGCCCCCAGGCAGCCUCCUGACCCAUUUCCUUGCUGGUAUCCCCAAAAAUAUGGCGAAAUACCAAAAGCCUGGGAUUCAGGUGAAUUGCUGAGUUCUCUGAAGGGGUGGGACACUGGAGGUGGUUGGAGAAAACCCUGAAUUCAGGGUCAGUGGUUUUGGGUACGUACUGCCCAUAUCCAACAGCGUGAACUCUUACACUCAGCCCCCCCGUGACUCAUUCCCUGAGGAGAAAACAAGAGCCAAGCAAUGCAGAGGGAGCAUUAAACUGGAAAUGGAGGAUUAAACUCCAUGGAGCAGGGAGCCCCUGCAGAGCACAGCCCUGGUGGCUGCCAUGGACUGGCCUUGGGGAAGGUGGGAGUGGGACUGUGCUGGCUGCCAGCUACCUCUGAGCUCAGGUACUCUGUGAUGCCAGGGUGGGCUCACACCCCGACCCUGGCAAUGGGGGGACAGCUUUUCUGAUGUUAAUUUUGUUCUACACAAUAAACAAACUUGAUCAUCCA